AUGGAGAAUACCCCCUCUCGAUACGAUAUUUUACGACGCAUUGAGACUUUAGCUGCAGAGUUUUUGGAGUCACUUUCGAAUGGAAACGUUUUGAAAUUAAAAGCUCUGAAACGCACCUCAUCAUCGAUGGUCUACGAUCGCGAGAAUCAGCGGCAAAUUCAUAUGAAGGAAACCCGCUUAAUAACGCUGAAUCGACAGGGAGGCAGGAAGUACACUGGAAUCUGGCUUAUUUUGCAGACUGCACAUUCACUGUUGGCUGAAAAUAAAACUGCUACUCAGCGAGACGUGUAUUACCUGCACCCAUUCUUUAAAGGGCAGAGCGAGGCUGAUGAAGCCAUUCUAGACGCAGGAAGUAUUUUGGGCGUUUCAAGAGGGUCGAUGAAUAUCAUAGCUGCAACUAAAGGUUGUUUUACGGGAGACAUAAGCAUCCUGCGAGAUGGGGAGUGGAGAUAUUUUGGAAAUGGAGAAGAGACUUCAAUUACUCAUGAGCUUCUGCAGCUUAAGCAAUCCGAACUGAGAAGCAAUGCAAAAAUCAUUCUUGUAAUUGAAAAGGACGGGAUUUUUAAUCGUUUGAGAGAGGACAAAUUUUUUGACGUGGUCCCAAGCAUAUUGGUGACUGGGAAGGGUUUUCCCGAUCUGGCAACGAGAGUGUUUGUGAGUUUGCUGAGCAAAGCACUUCGAAUUCCUGUACUUGGUGUCUGCGACUGCAACCCAUUUGGCCUUUCCAUAAUACUCACGUAUAAACUAGGUUCAGCGCGCAUGCCACUGGAGUCGCUUCAAUAUGCGGUCGACAUAAAGUGGAUCGGCGUUCGACCAUCUCAAAUUUCAAACAUUGCCUUGCCAGCAUCAUCCUUCAAAGUUCUUUCUCGAAAAGACGUUGCCGUAGCGAAUUCAUUGAUGCGUGCAAGCUUCAUACAGGCGGACAUGCAUUUCAGAAACGAGGUUCAUAUGUGGCUAGGCGACGCGCUACCCUGGAAAAUUGAACUCGAGGCUCUUCAUUGCUUAGGUUUCACAUUUUUAACCUCAUUCUUACAGAGGUGUAUCGAGAAAGGCGACUUUAUCUAA